CACACUGUCCAGAUGGGACUGUUUGUUUAAUGGUUUGAUUCUGGACUCUUGGCAGAAAUACGGUGCAGGAUUUUGUUUUUUGAAAUGUGUGGAGUCUUUGUAUCAGAAUUCCCCCAACACACUGCUGAAAACUUUGAGAGCUGUCUGGUCUCUGAUGAUUUACUGGCUCGCUACUUUAACGAUUUCCUAAGUCUGCCGUCUUUCUCAGAGACUUUAAUGUACAACCAGGAGACUGGACUGUUUGAGGUGGUGAACGGAGCAGCUGAUUUGGUCUCCAGAAGAAUCCGAACAGUCCUCAAACACAGCAAAUCACAACUCCUUACUGAUGACUCCACAGUGCUGAGCAGGACUCCCCCAGUAGACAACAGUUACACUGUCUGUAGCCUAGACAGGGAACAAGGAAUUCUGUGGAUCAUAAUAGAACGAUUGCCCUUUUUCCUUCAGAGUGAUUGCUACUAUGAAUACAGACUAUCCAAGCUUUUGCUUCAGUGGGACUCAAACUUGUGUAACCAGAGAAGAAAAAACGCUUCAUGUCGACCCACUUUUUUAGCCUUUCAACAGCAACGUCAUUUCCAGUUAAACAAAGAAAACAACAAUGGUCUGAAUGGUCUGUGCUCACACUCUAUAGAGAGCCUUUCAGGAAAUCAAGGCUUCUCCUCUCCAUUUAAAUGUGAUGAAAUUCAGGACGUCCACAGUUCUCAAACAGAGCUGAGCUUCAUCGGCCCAUCAGCAGGUAUUACAGAGGAACAUCUCAGAGAGUCCAGGUGUCGAAUAUUUGACUCUCCUGAUCAGCACCUGGAGUACCUGGCAGACCAAGUGGUUAGUCAGGUGAUCAAACAAUCAGUCCACAUGAUUGAUGGUCAAAGCCUAGCAAACACCUCAGAGUGUGACUGCAAACCUGGACAUCAGGCAAAUGGCAUCAGCACAAAAGAAUGUUGUAAAUGUAAAGUUCACAAACACUCAGCAGGUGAAGAUGGAGAAAGAAGUAAGAAUAUGAAAGGCCCAGAAGACAUGAGGAGUAAAACGGAAGAAAAGGCACAACAGGAUGAGAAGAACAUGAGGGUGGAGAUUAGGGCAACUAAUCAGGAAAAUACUCACAAUAUGUGCCAACAUGAAGCCUGUUGCUAUGGCAGAAGGUCAGGCUUGGAUGAUUUCAAGGAGUUUCUGCAUGGAACACCUGGAGAGAAGCUGCUUAAUCUGUGGCUGGAUAUAGAGAGACUGAAAACUACGCAGCACCCUGAGAGAAAAAAGAGGUAUUUGUUCCUGAUGAGGAGCUGCUACCUGCUGAGCAGCAGUCCCAACAGUCUGAAUGUGGAGCUGCUCUCCAGACUGGGACUCACUACCUCCCUCUGCUGGACGGAGGAGAAACUGAGCUCAGUUCAGCCCAGUCUGACUGAGUCUCUACUCUGCUACUGGGUUCCACGGUUCUGGACAUCCCAGUAUGUUCAGGAGACCCCUGAGGACCUCCCUCAUAUGGGACUGCACACAGUGGAGAGCGUUAACACCCCUCUGUUAAGCAUACAGAACUACCUGUCCCAGUCCUCCCAGUCUGUCCGUACACAGUUGUUGUCGAGCAGAGGUCACUUUCAGUCCAGCAGAGGGAUUAAACGGAUGUUAGACGCUCUCCGUGUUGAGUCCAGUACCGGGUCAUACUUCACACAUUUCUGUGAACAAUCUGGAAACCAGCUGUGGGUGAACACUGUUUACUUCUGGAUGGACCUACAACACUACCAUGAGCUGUUCUACUUGGAUGGACUGGACCCUUACAGAGUACAAAGACAGGCACAGCUCCUUUUCUCUACAUAUAUUAUCAGCUCAGCCAGGAGAGGCAUCGAUGUAGACGAGGAGGUCAGGAGGGACGUGUACGACAGACUGCUGCCUGCUUUUGAGGAGCUGUUUGAUGAAGUGGAGGAGCAUGCCCUGAACAUCCUGCUGGAACCAUGGACACUGCUGGUCAACAGGGACAAAGAGUCCUUCCAGCAGGUGUGUGUGGAGGAGAAGGUGUGUUGCAUCGACAAUCAGGAAUACAGGGAACUCCUAAGACUUUACAAGGACACGAAACAGGUGGAGCUGUGUGGACCCAUGCUUUCUCCUUCAUCUUUUAUUCCUUCAACUUGCUUCUCAAAAGGUUCCCAUAGACUUGACCCAUGCUCCAGUGGGCCUCAGGGUUACCAUGGUUACAAUUUAGGUUCCUUAUUUCAUCAGCCUCAUGAGAUCGGUCCCUUCAUGUCUUUCCUACAGAACCACAAUGCCAGCAUCCAUUUGACGUGUUGGCUGGAUCUGGAGCAGUACAGGAAGACUCCUCAGAGGGACACAUCCAUCAGACUGGAGAGGUCAUCCAUUAUUGCUACCAAAUACCUCAACAGCAACUACUUCUUUGGCUCUGACAGUCCUGCCACAGCAAAACAACAGACUCAAAUACUGGAUGCGGCAGGUGGACUGGAGCGUCUGAAAUCGGAGUGUCUCUCUAACCCAGUCGCCACAGAGAUCCAGGACAUCAUAAGGAAGCACAUCGUGGAGGCAUGGCUGCCUUUGUUUCUGUCCACGGCAGAGUUCAAACCCAAGCGGCAAGAAGCAGACCGACUCUCACGGCACACCUACCGUCGACGGAGAGCGAGGAAAGAAGCCUGGAAGGCUGAAGGCUUGUGGAUGAAUUCCUCUAAAGAGAUCCUGCUGUUUCGGAGAAUCCUUCUCAACCCCUCCAUCUGUCAGCAGUUCCAGCACUUUGUCUCUCUGAAGGGAGAUUUCCUGGAAAACGAUGUUCGCUUCUGGCUGGAGGUGCAGAGAUACAAGGACCUCUGUCAUUCUCACAGUGACGAGGCCACCAUCCAGCAGAAGAUCUCCACCAUCAUCAGCUGUUUCAUAAACUCUUCAAUGCCUCCCGCUCUGCAGAUAGACAUCCCUCCUGACCAGGCCCAGCAUAUUUUAGAGAAGCGCCACAAACUGGGUCCUUACAUCUUCAGAGAAGCACAGAUGUCCGUGUUUAGUGAAUUACUGAAGUUUUGGCCUGAGUUUCAAGAGCUUAGAAGCAGCAUCCAGGAGGAGCAGCUCCUUCCUCUGCUGCAGGAGAAACAAGUCAAACACAGGGCCAGAGUACGGAGGCAGAGGAGAAAAGAGGAGGAAGCGCAGGAAAGAGAUGGAAGGAGGAGAGCACAGGAGGAGCAAGAAAGACAAGAGUCAUGUUGUAGAGAUGAGGAGGAUGAGAAGGAUGAUGAAGAACAAGAUGAAAGAAGAGAAAAAACACAGUCGAGGACACAGAGCAGAGUGCUGCUGACUCCCACACAGUCGCUGCUGUGGUCGUACUCCAAGUACAUGGCAGGCCUGAAGAGGGAGGAGGUGCUGCUGAAGAGACAAAGUCAGCUGGAAACCUCCUUCUCCACAGUCUCAGACUCCUCCACCGACGUCUGCAUGAAGUCAGAGAGCAGCAGGCUCAGCUACCGGCAACCUUCCUCCAGGACUGACAGCAAACAGUCUAGUCGAUGUAAAAAAGGUGUUGAAGCCUCCAACAAGAAAUAAGACCUGACGCAUCACAAGUUUGGAACAGACAGACGGCGUCAUCAGAGCAGGACGAGUGAAAACGGAGAGCAGAGCUGCCACUGAUAUCUGCAUGAUGAAGAGGUCCGGUUUGCAUGA